UACAUGUAACUAUUCUCGUGAACAACCUUAAAGGGAGGUUGGUUAAAGUUUAGCAAAGUGAAUUCAGAUAAAUUUUUAAUAUUGAUCAGUAUUUCUGAAAAAUUUUUAUUAAAUAACAUCAAAUUAUCGAUUCUUUAAAAAAUAUUUCUAAAGUUAACUCUACCUUUAUACGAACUGUCAAAACUUCCGGCUAUUUAAAUACAGAAAAAAUAAAAUAACGUGUCCGACAGAAUUACGAUAUCAUGGCGGUGCCCACAGCCGGUGUAGUGGUUCCUCGAAACUUUCGUUUAUUGGAAGAAUUAGAACAAGGACAGAAAGGCGUUGGAGAUGGAACAAUAAGUUGGGGUUUAGAAAAUGAUGAUGACAUGACUCUUACUCAUUGGACUGGUAUGAUUAUAGGACCGCCACGGACACCAUACGAAAAUCGAAUGUACAGUUUGAAGAUAGAUUGUGGUCAAAGAUAUCCGGAUGAUGCUCCUAGUGUUAGAUUUUUAAGUAGAAUCAACAUGAAUUGCAUAAAUAGUAAUACUGGAGCGGUGGAUAAUCGAAGUGUGCCAAUGCUGGCCAAAUGGCAACGAGAAUAUACAAUUAAAACCGUUCUGCAAGAAUUACGUCGUUUGAUGACACUUAAAGAAAAUAUGAAAUUAUCUCAACCUCCAGAAGGUAGUACUUUUUAGCCUACCAACAAUGCGUCGCAUUUUUCUUUAUACAGCGACAGAAACAAAUGUUAAAGAUCACCAAGUGAAUAAUUAUUUGUUGAUCUUAUUUCUCUUUUAUCGAGAAAAGCAAGAUCAAUAUAAUUUUAAGUAAAUAUGGCACAUUAAUACAUAUAUACAUACAGAGUAAAAUUGAACAUCUUUUUUUGUAUGAAGGGUAAAGACAUAUUUUCCACUUGCGGUAAAUAUAUUUCAAGAAACACGUUUAAGUUAUAAAAUAAAAUCGUAAAUAAUGUAAUAAAUAAAUAUAUAGAUGAAAAUAUAUAAAUAUAUACAUGUAUGCCUUUGGAAACUUUUCAAUCGUCAAUGAUAGAGUAUAUUCCUUAAAUUUAAGUAAAUUAUGUUAUUUUGACGCUUAAACGUUUUCUUUAUUAUAAUUAAUUAUUUAACGAUUUGCCAUUUUCAGUGAAAUUAAAAAAAUUAUCUUAAAAUAAAUGUUACAUAAAUUAAUUAAGCUAAAGAUUUUUGACAUAUUUUG